UUCAUCAUUCAAGAAGGGAGCAGUCCAGACAACAUGAAAGAGCAAAUGAAGAAAAUGGCAGAGACGAGUGGCCAGAAAGGCCAGGGCGAAGGAGCCCUCCUCGGUAGAGCGAACGCAGAACGAGAGGAGGCGAGGCAAGACCAGAAGACAAGAGGGGAACCUCUCCACGUCACAUACACCAUCCACGAAGAAGACAUGUACCGUGAGACAAACCCCGAGACUGAGGAAGACGACUUCCCCGACGGUUACAUAGAGUGCAUCAUUAGAGGUGAGUUUUCUGAACCUAUUUUGGAAGAGGAUUUACUUUUUAAAGCCUUCGAAAACCUAGAGGAAGCCGAACAAGACCUUUCUCGCCAUAUCCUCGAAGCAAGUUCGCUUCUUGAAAGUUCUUUGAAUACGUGACGAAAAACAAAAGAAAGCGAGGCCAAGCAAGAGCAGCCUCAACAGAAGGUUGGAGCCAACUCACAGCUUGCGGGAUUUACUGGGGAGGAGCCGAAGGGUGGUGAAUACUGUGGUCCUAUUGAUGAGUGCCCUCAGACUGGUUGCAAGAAAAAGCUGAAGAAUAAGACUGCCCUGAGGAAGCACCUGCUGAUUCACGGUCGACAGCACGCGUGUGCCGAGUGCGGGAAAGCUUUUACAGAGGGCUCGAAACUAAAGCGACACCUUCUGGUUCAUAGUGGAGAGAGGCCAUUUCAGUGCACCUUCGAAGGGUGCGGGAAGCGCUUCUUGGACUUCAACUUGCGCACCCAUAUCCGCAUCCACACUGGUGAGAAGCCCUUCGUGUGCCUUGACGGCUGCCAGAGGAGCUUUAUUCAGUCAAACAACCUGAAACUUCACAUCCUCAUCCAUGCAAAGGCAGGGAAGAAAUGCUGA